GUCCAUGCCCGCUGGAGCCCCCGCCUGCCGCCGCCCGCAGCCCCGGCAUGGACGUUCGGUUCUACCCCUCCGCCCCCCCCGCCGUGGGCUCCCUGCCCGGCGCAGACCCCACUUGCCUCGGCCCGCUGGAUUAUUAUCACUGCAACAAGUUUGAUGGAGAGAACAUGUACAUGGGGAUGAAUGACAACGCCCAGGAGUUUCUAUCUGCCAAUCAGACGUACAACAGCCAGAAUGAAAACAACGAGGACUACGAGAUCCCUCCCAUAACGCCUCCCAAUCUCCCCGACCCUUCCCUCCUGCACUUGGUGGACCACGAAACUGGAUAUCACUCCCUGUGCCACAGCCUCCCUCCCAACAGCCUGAUCCCAGCCUACCCCUACCAGAACAUGGACCUGCCGGCCAUCAUGGUCUCCAACAUGUUGAGUCAGGACGGGCAUCUCCUCUCCAGCCAGCUACCCACGAUCCAGGAGAUGGUCCACUCGGACGCCGCGUCCUACGAUUCCAACCGCCAAGUGCCCCUGCUCAACCGCCCCGGGAUGCUGGCCGGCCCCAUGAGCGCUCUCAGCCAGUCCCAGCUCAUCUCUCAGAUGGGGAUGAGGAGUGGUGUCACCCACGGCUCCCCCUCGCCCCCGGGAAGCAAGUCUGCUACACCAUCUCCCUCCAGUUCUACUCAGGAAGAGGAGACAGAGUCACAUUACAAGGCUGCUGGAGAGAAAAGACCAUCAACAGACCUGGGCAAAAAGCCCAAAAGCCAAAAGAAGAAGAAAAAGAAGGACCCCAACGAGCCCCAGAAGCCCGUGUCAGCCUAUGCCCUGUUCUUCAGAGACACACAGGCAGCCAUCAAAGGACAAAACCCCAACGCCACCUUCGGGGACGUGUCCAAAAUUGUGGCAUCCAUGUGGGACAGUUUGGGAGAAGAACAAAAACAGGCAUACAAGAGGAAAACAGAAGCUGCGAAGAAGGAGUACCUGAAAGCUCUGGCCGCGUACCGGGCCAGCCUCGUCUCCAAGAGCUCUGCCGACCAGGGGGAGACGAAAAGUGCCCAGAGCAACCCACCUUCCAAAAUGAUCCCCCCCAAGCAGCCCAUGUACCCGAUGCCUCCGCAGGCUUCCUCACCCUACCCCGGCCUGGGCUCCUUCCUGUCCCCGUCGGACCUGCAGAACUACCGUGGCCACCCCCACCCCGGGCUGUCCCGGCCCCUCAGCUCCAAGCCCAUGCUGCCCAGCAUCAGUGCCUCCCCCCCGCCCUCCUUCCAGAUCAGCCCCCCGCUCCACCAGCAGCUGUCCUUGCACCACCCGCAGAGCUCCCUCCUCAGCCAGCCCCUCAGCAUGCAGCAGGUCCCCCAGCAGCCCCUCCUGUCCCCCCCCAUGGCACUACAGGUACAGCCCCCCAUGAACGCCUCGCCUCCCGGGCAGCAGGACUUCUCCCAUAUUUCGUCUGAGUUUCAGAACAGUGUUGGACCCCGUUCGCCUGGCGCAUCAAACCCUCCAGGAAGCACUGAGUGGGACAGCGACUACCCCAGCAGAGAGUGUGGGGUCAACCACUGCAGCAUGCUGCCAAGGGACAAGGCACUCUACCUCACCUAAGGUUCACCACCCCUUUUUUGGAGGAGGCUCAGACGAAGGACACUUGAGAGGGGUCUAUCCCACGGACCACCCCGGGGAGGCACGAGCAAGUCGUACGGGUGGGAGAGCUGCCACUUUGCAACCUCGUCGCUGGCUUCGUUCCCAGGCUCUAAGAGCAGUUUGUUGGGUUGUUUUGUUUUUGUUUUUG